GCUUGCUGUCAGUGUCAAAAAAGUUGUGUGUGUGGCUGAAACUUAUCACUCUGAAAAUUACUAUUUCUAGGAGACAAUCAUGGAAACCUUACUUUCAAAGUCGUUAAAAAUUGCUGCUGUGGUUUCAGCAUAUUGGUGCAUCUCAAUAUCUAUGGUAUUUUUGAACAAAUAUCUCCUGAGCAGCCAAGACUUGAAGUUGGAUGCCCCUUUGUUUGUGACAUGGUACCAGUGUGUUGUCACUGUGCUACUGUGUUUCAUCUUCAGCGGUCUCUCCAAGAUCUUCCCCAAUGUCUUUACCUUCCCGGAAAUGAAUAUUGACCCAAAACUGUGCAGAGGGACAUUGCCACUGUCUAUUGUGUUUGUGUGUAUGAUUACAUUCAACAACCUGUGUCUUAAGAAUGUUGGGGUUGCUUUCUACAAUAUCGGACGUUCUCUUACCACUGUCUUCAAUGUGGCAUUUUCAUAUGUGAUGUUGAAGCAGAUGACAUCUGGGCCAGCCCUGCUUUGUUGCGGGGUGAUAAUCGGGGGAUUCUUCCUUGGGGUGGACCAAGAGGGGGCCUCAGGAGACCUGUCUAUGCUGGGUGUGUUGUUUGGAGUGUGUGCGAGUGCAAGUGUUGCCCUUAAUGCCAUCUACACCAAGAAGGUCCUACCCAUAGUUGACAACAACAUCUGGCGUCUCACAUUGUACAACAAUGUCAACGCCACUUUCCUAUUUCUACCUCUCAUGAUUGUUUUUGGAGAAUUUUCUGAAGUAUUGAACUUCCCGUUGUUGUUUGAAUUUCAUUUCUGGUUCUUCAUGUCCCUGAGUGGGGUGUUAGGUUUUGCCAUAGGAACAAUCACUGGUCUUCAGAUUCAGUUUACAUCUCCACUAACUCAUAACAUCUCAGGCACAGCUAAGGCGGCCGUGCAGACUGUGAUAGCAUGCCUGUAUUUCCACGAUCUGAAGUCAGUGUUGUGGUGGCUCGGUAAUGUUACUGUGCUGGGAGGGUCCGCCGCCUAUACAGAGGUGAAGCGCAGGGAGAUGAAAUCCGCACACAACCAACAACUACCAGUAUCCAGGAAGACGGAUUCCGAAGAAAAACAGCCAAUGGUACUGCCUGAAGAAAAUUCUGAUUCUAAAGCAUGAAAUCAUUUCGGUAUAAUCACCAAAGUAUUAUGUAUUGUUUUGUGCUCUUGAUUAAUAUGGCUUUACUCUGACACUUCAUUGGUGUUACAUCUUUAUACAAUAAUUUUAAGGAAUGCAGCAGUGGCCACCAAUUUUCAAAACAAUGCCAGCAAAAAUGCGAAUCUAGUUGCCAGUCUGACUAAAGAAUGUGUCAGUAAUGUUGUUAGAUAGUGUAAUUAUGCAAAACAUGAUAUCCUUCAGUGUCUGUGCUGAUAAGUAUUAACAAACAUCCAACUGCUAAUCACAUGAAAACAAAUACCAACUCUUUAAAGUAAAUCACAAUCAUUUACCUAGUCAUGUAGAGGAUAUUUAUAACUCUAUACAUGUAACUUAAGACGAUCAGGCAAUACAUGUGCCUUCCACAAUAUUCCUACGAUGUGCAUUUGCAUCUUUAUGUAUAGACUUGUACUGCUGUAAGUUACAAUAAUACUAUUGUCAAAACCCCACUUCUAGUAUAUUAUGUAACCAGCAUUUUAUUGAUGGAUAGAGUAAAACGGCUGUAGCUUUAUGGGCUGCAGUGUGUAUAACACUUUCUGAUGCUGCAUUGAUACUAAUAUUUCACUACUGACUAUUAUGGUCUUGCUUGGCUUUAAGGAUAUGAAAUUGAAUUACAUUAUAAUAUUAUAUAGCAUGCUUGAGCUUUCAUCUAACAGAUGAUGGGAAAUGUAUGGUUUUAUUUUAUAUUACAUGUCUGCAUAUAUGGGUGACGUCGGCUGCGGUAAUGAGGAUUUGUGGGGCUUUUCAUGUUAACAAUUUUAUUUUAUUAACUAUGUGAUAGGAUAACUAAACAAACUUAUAUUUUAACAAUGUGUAAAAUUUAAUCAGAGAAAUUUAAAAAACAAUAUAAAUUAAGCUAUUUAUCGCUAAUGAGAAAACAUAACUUGCUAUCAAAAAUGUAAAUUUUCCAUUUUUCACUGUCGACAGCACAUAUAUGAAGGGGAUCUAAUUGCAAGUAAACAAGUAUAUGAUUUGACCAUGAAAAAAAGAUAUACUUUCCCCCACUAAACCUGUUUAACUGGUGAAUGGGCAUGUACUGUAGGGGCUUGUUUCAGUAAAGGAUCAUAGUCGUUACUUCAGUAAUCUGAAAUCUGUUAAACGGCAAAAAUGGAAACAAAUGGACUUUUUUAUUUAUAUUUCCUUAACUUAAUGUUCAUUUUUAUCACGAGCUAAGGUUCAAUUCAUACAAAUAUGUAGGGAAUUGAAAAUAAAUGUAGCAUAAAGAUAAUUGCAAUUUACGACUAAGAUAGACUGAGACUUUUACUGGAACCGGCCCCAGAUUUGUAAAUAUAACGUUACUAUGCAAAAACGGAAGUAUCCAAGUUUAAGGUUUGUUUGCAGAUUGCAUGUGUAGGGUGUAGGAACUGCCUUACAGGAUCUAAACCAUUAUUAAAUUAGUGCUAUAUUGUGUGCCUUACUUCUGGGUCUAGAAAAAGAUUAAGCAAAACAAAUAUAAGCUUAAUCCUGUUAAAUGUUGCUGAAGUUUGUUAGAGAAAUAGGGCUGAGAUUACAACUUUCUGUUGGAAAUAAAUCUGCAGAUAAAAGCAUUUGUGGACAUUUCAAUUAUAAAUAUUACUCUUACUAUAAAUGAAAGGGAGGUAAUUUAGAAUAUAGAAACAUGGACACAUGGACUCCACUGUGAUUAGUAAUGAUAUUACAGUUUAAAUUUCUGGAGAUAGCGUAUUUAGCAAUGUUGUCAAAACUAACAAAUGAGCAUUUUGCAUUUAGAAUAGCUGAAACAUAAAGUUAUGUUGUUGUACAGUCUGUUUUGACAGGGGAAAAUUUUCAUUAAGGGUAUUUGUGCAUUGAACUGUUCAUAAAUAAAAAGUGGAUACUUUCUCUCUUUUGCUGAGUAUAUAGUCUUAUUUUAUUAACAUGCACAAUGUGAUUAUUCUAAAUUAGAUAUGGUUUUUAUUCUACAGAUUUUUUCAAUUUCUAUUUCUUUUCUGCAGGGUUACGGAAAACGAUGACGAGUUUCCGGCGAAGCAACUCCCAGUGUAUAACCACUGCUUACUGUAACCUCACAGCAUAAAGUCUUAUUUGACAACAUAAAGCUCUCUUUCUUCUGCUUAUCUUUAUAUCUACCAUUGAUUGACAUGAAGAACUUAUUCUGUGUUCAGAACACACUCAGUUUACCGCUUAACCAUGUCUGUGAUAGUCUAACAGCGCAUUGUAAAUUUAUACACGUGUUCAGUGUUUAUUCAUCCUUUUAUUUUUAUUCUUAUAUAUCCUGUGUAAUGGAAGAACACAGAAACAAGCAUUGAUCUGCAUCGAAUAGUUUUUGCUCAGAAUCCACCAGAAUAAGAUUUGGAAAGUUUGUAGAAUAGAAAAAGCUGACUAGUGUGGAUAAAUUUAACUGCUCUAUAUAAAUUUAUUGAACAUAUUAAAAUUAUGCCUUGUUUUUGCUUAUAACUAACACUGUUAUUAAGAAUACAAAUGAAAGUAUUUACGUUGCUCAUCUGCUAUUUAUAGCCAAUUACAAAGUAUUACCGGUAAGCUGAGCUUUGUCAUAACACUUGUUUUUCUUUAUUCUCUAUUCAUGCAGCAAGAAAAAAAUGUGUGCUUUACUUAAAGCAGUAUUUAAAAUACAUUUGUAGACAGUUCGAGAAUGGUUAGCUGUUGGCAGUGUUUUUGUCCGAAUAUGAUCACAUGACCUAACUGAAUGCAAUUAGUUAUGUCUUUUUCCACGAAUCUCGUCAUUCCAAAGGAUUUUGUUUGUGCAUUCUUAUUUUCUCUAUUCUUGUGGGAAUGAGUUUAUGUGAUUCUGCUGUAAGAAUUCCUGUUUCCACAGUUAAUCAGUUGUUUACUUGUAAGGUACAAUUGUUUUUACUGUGAUUUUUUUAUAUUGUGUUUUAUUUGUUUUGAUUGAUAUAUAAUUGCUGGGAGUACGUUAUAUAUUAGUCCCAGAUAUUUGUUAAGAACCAUGAAUUUUGAAAUUUAAUGUUGUAAAGAGUAUUGUUAUAACAGACAGCAUUGAUUUUAUGUUGUUUCAUAAGCAUAUGUGAUUUGUUGAUGUGCAUCGUUUUAUUUAUGUAUGUUUUUAAUCCCAACCAGAACAUAUCAUGACUAUAUAUAUUGAGAGAUUUGAGAAAUCCAUCAUGGUUACACUACUAGUCCUGUAGAUCAUCAUAGCAUGCCAUGGGGCCUAUACCAGUCCCAGGCAUGACCCCCAGGUUCAUACACUUGUAAAGUGACAUGUGCUGGUGAACGUUUCUGUGAAGUUGCUGAUUUUUGUAUUUAAAUCCAGUUGAUUGCUACUGUAGUAUUUAAUUUAAGCGGAUAUAUGCUAUCAUGACAUUGUUUUGUUCAGCUGUCAAGGUUUAAGUUCAACUGACAUGCAACCACAGUUCUUUGGUUCAUGAAUGAUAUUUUUUAUAGUUUACCUGAGCUCAGGGCAGGCUACAUGUUUAUACCUGUUGAAUAUCCGUCGUCCUCAUCCAUCAACACAUUUGCUAUAAGACUUCACCCUUUUGCUUGGUCUUCGUAAUGGAACUUGGCCAUAACGUUUGACAUAAAAGUUUCGGAUAAGAAUCAUUCAAGGUUGUAAAAAAUCGUCAUCAGGUCAUAUGAAAGGUAAACAUUGUUAAAGCUAUAAGGUCACAUUUUAAUAUACCCAUUCUCCCUAUAACUUGCCUUGAACAUGUCAGAAAUAGGUUAUGCAACCCAAUCUCCGUAUAACUUGGCUAGAAUGGGUUAGAAAUAGGUUAUGCAACCCAAUCUCCCUAUAACUUGCCUAGAAUGGGUCAGGAAUAGGUCAUGCAAGAUGUUCUACUUAAUACAGCUUAGUUGUAAAUUGGCGUAUUAGUUGGUUGAUCGAAAAAGAGGGCCAGAAUGGCCUUGUUGUUUAAAAUAUGUAUAUAUGGGAUGCAAAAUAAAAUAUAAAAAUGUG